AUGGCAGGCACACCGACGCGGAGAGCCCCUUAUAAGGACACUCUGCAGCCUGCUUUGCAUCGACGCUUCUCCUCCACAGCCAGCCUGUUGUUGGCCGUGUCAUACAUCGAAGCGAUUCUCUUGGGAAGCUGGGACUCGUAUUUCUGGUCUUGGUUUCCUCUUGGCCCCGUAGGCUUUCGAACGCUGCUAGUCUUCUCUUGUGGCCUUGCCAUCCUCAUUCUUCGAAUUGCGAGCUACCAUGUCGGCGUAAAAACGACAGGAUCCGGGCUGCAAACGUUGGCGUCUUCGCUCGCCGCCCUUAGAACCUACGAGACGGCAUUCUGGUACAUUGCUUCGAGCCUGCUCUACUGCACCGUCUACCUGGGAACAAGAGAUGAAGGGACGAACCUCCAAUGGAUCAAUUACUUCAGCGGGGAUCGCGCCAGGCUAAACGAGCGACCUCUCUUCCUGAAUUGCUACAUGUUUACUUUUGCCCUGGUUCAGACCGUCGAACAUUACAGAGGUGAUAUCGACCGUCUGGAUCUUGGUUCGCUGGAGAGAAGGCAGGCGGUUGAGCAAAAGAGCUUGGGUUUCGUGUCGGGCUCCCUUCAAACCCUCCUCUUAGAGCUGCCCCAAGCUUUUGUUGACAGCACCAAAGUCGCUCUCUUGACCUUUCCCGCGACAAUCGUCAUAUACUAUUUCUUCUUGAGAUCGUUUGCCUGGUCAUGGGCCAUGAUGUUCCUGCGGCCAUUCUACAACAUGCCCAGGUCCAACAUGCUUCCGUCUUCCUGGCCCCUGGAUAUUUACCUCAUCAACCGAUGCAUCCUCGCAGGAAUCGGCCUUGGAUUUAUAUGGGCGGCAGGCAACCGGGCUUUCUCAGUCUUCAUGGUUAAGAAGCCUUUGAAGAACGAUAAUCCCCUGACAUCCGACUCUAAGGAUCCCAACGGCAGCCUUCUGAAUGGCCUAAAGAGCAAGAAACUUUCCAUCAAGGCCUUUGCCAUGUGGGAGUUGGCCCUCCUUGCUGAAAGCUGCGAGACACGAAGGCGGAGUAUCUUCAACGAUAUAGACCGCAAAGAUGGGCCCAUGUGGUCUCAGCUGUACUCAAUUUGUAUGGAAACUUUGAAAAGCGUCGAGGACCACGUUGAUGCUUAUGGAAAGCCCGCGCCACAAGCUGCCCCUCUGGCUGAAAAAGUCGAAGAAAGGCACCGUUCAUCAGCUCCGUUGAGAGAAGACCCUAUAUUCACAAGUCAAGCCAAGCAAGCCAAUCUGCGAACCGGUCUUGAACAGGCUCUAGAGAGACUUGCCCGAAAGCCUGGCUCAACCCCCGCUUCAGAGCUUAGCCCCAUCGCUCGCAAAACGUGGCAGAGCGCCAAGGACCGAGUGCUCAGCAAAGAACAACAAGACGCAGUCUCUCCCGAUCAUUUAAAGGAUCAAGUCUGGCAAUUCGCCACUCGGUUGAUGUCAAUUGGAUGGAUCGGCGAUCUAAUUCGACAUGAUUUCCGCACACAAUUCACCGCUGCAGUUCUGGGAGGUCCCUAUGCUGAGCCUACAUUGCCCGCCAAUGCAGCCAUCGCUCUCUGCCAACUGGCUGUGCACAGUUUGGCGGAAGACUCGUAUGGCAAUGUUCACAGGGAUGUCCCAAAUAUCAUCCGAACCUUGACAGCAGUCAUUAAGAAGGUGGAGGGACUGAAAGCACAAUUCCCACUGCAUUGGACCGACUACAAUGGGCUAAAGGAGUGCCCCGAGGUGGACGAGCUGGUGCAGAAGAUGAAGACCGGUUUUGAGCAAGUCGUUGUCAAGUUUGAACCUUACAGUACAGACCUGAGGCUUACGCUUACGGACCUGCGAUUUGCAAAAGAAGCCAUUGGCAAGCCAGAGGCGAAGAAGGAAAAGGCAAAAGAGUUGAAGAUGGUUAAAGCUAAGGAAGUGGCCUUUGACACAAGACUCAGCGAUGACUGGGCACAGAGGAAAGCAGCACUACGAAGAGAAUUCAGACGGCCAGAGAUGGAGCAGGUCCGAUAUUAA